CUCUGUGCUGCGGACCAGGGCCACCAUGAAGAGUUCCCCCACCAGCUCGAGUGCUUCUCUGUAGCCAGAGAGCAAGCAGGAAGUGAAGCUCGGUGCUUCUCUCGUCUCAUCAAUGCAGCUUUCAUUCUCCCUCGGUGGGCAACAUGGAAGCUGUACAAAAGGACCACUGGUACUUCGUAAUACUCAUCUUUCUUCCCUUUCUUGAAGCUGCUGCUCAGCAGACGGAGGUGUCCACGGUCCGUCUGGAGGAAGGGAUGGUUCUCAACUGUUUGUGUCCCUGGGACGGGAACCUCAGCAUGGUGUCCUGGACCAAAGUACCUGACAAGGAUCCGGUGGCCGUUUUCCAUCCAGAGUACGGGGUGGCCUUCCCUCACCACAACCGGGAGAGGAUAGAGUUCCUGCGGACGACGCCGAUGGACGGAAGUAUUUCCAUGAGGAACGUGACUCACCAGGAUAUCGGGGUUUACCACUGCUCUGUGCAGACCUUCCCUCAAGGCCCCUGGACCAGGAACAUCCAGGUGGAAGAUUUAGAUGAUCCCCCAGAAGAAGACGACAGCACAGAGCCCCCCACCCCGGGGGGGAUCCACACAGACACAGAGCUGUUGGCAGAGCCAAACAACAACCUGACCCUCAGCUGUAACCACGAGCACAAUGGCACCGUUUACCAGGUCAUUCUGGAGAAGAUGCCGCACAGCCAGCCGUGGGGCAUCAUCGGAGUGUGUAAGAAGGUGGAGGGGGGGCUGCUGAAAGAGGACUACAGCGACAGGGGCAGGGUCAGCUGUGCAGACAGCCUGGACGUCAGUCUGCACCUGACGGGUGUGGUGCAGGCCGACGGGGGUUUCUACCGCUGUACCUUCAGCACAGAUGCGGGCGUGCAGACCACCACCGUGCUGCUCACCGUGCCCCCUCCAGGAUUCAGCCUCGAUGUGUACAUGAUGUAUAUUUACAUCGGGGCUGCAGCUGCUGUACUUAUCCUGCUCAUUGUUAUCAUCAUACUAGCAGUGAAGCGCAGGAAGAAGAACAGGCGAGAGGAGUACAGAGUGAAACUGCACCCAUCCCAGAGACAGCCAAACCUCUACGAGAACGUCUCUGUGUGUCCCAGGAGGGCAAAGACGUCCAGGCACAUUAAGAAUUGUCCGGUUUAUGCAAACAUGCAGACUGUACAAUCACACAAAACCAAGCGUCACAAUAACUGAGCGUACAUAAAUAUAACGUACAGCAAGACCCUUUCGCUUGUUCACACUUUACUGUGUUGUAGAUCAAAUGGAUAAAGUGAAAACAUGUUUUUAGACAUUUUUGCAAAUGUAUUUCUAAAAAACUCUCAUUUGCACAAACAUGAAGAGCCUCUGCUGUGACAAGUGCGUCCUGUCUGCUUUAAUUACCUUCAGGUGAAUCUCUACAAGUUCACCUGCGGCAAAUUAAAUUGAUUGGACACAAUUUAGAAUAUAAAGUCCCACAAUUCACAGUUUCUCCCGGCCCAUAGCAGUACAACAACAAGGGAGGGAAACACAGAUCCUGCAGCAACAUAACAUGUGUGAAGGGCUCUGAAUACUUUCUGUGUUUGAGAUGAAAUAAACAUAUUGCAGGUGCUGAGUUUUUAAAAAGCUGCACACUGUCUCUGAUUAAUAUUCAUCCUGUGGUCUGAAAUGAGUUAACAAGCUGCUGCUCAUGUAAGUCUGAGCUGACAGGUUUGUUUGUGUCCAUCACUGGCCUGCUUCCACUAAUUAAACGUACUUCAUAAUUACUGCUGAGGAAACGUUUGUUUUGGGCAAAACAAUAUUUGACAGUAGCCUCGAUGCAGAAAGCAAAACAAAAGCCUGUGUAAUCAUUCUCACUUCCCUAACCCCCGAGUAAAACGAUUGACAAAAGCCUGUGUAAUUGCUCUCCUUUUACUUUCAUCCCUCCUGGUUUCCAUUCAAAGCCUGACAAUGGUGUCUAAUCAUCUAACGGGAAAGAAAAGCAUUCACUCAGCACUGUACCCUCACUUGAGACUGUUGCUUUCCCCAAAGGGCUCUCCGUCUAGGAUGGCUGCAUUCUAGUUACAGCACGCUCUUAUUAUGAAAGCUAAACUUUAAUUAGAUAAUCCUGUGCUUUAGUCUACAGCUCUUUAUACUUGGUCUAUCUACUGUGUAUUGAUGAAUGUGUUUUAAAAAAACAAACAAAGACAUUUUUAUGAUAAGCUGUCGUUCUAAGUUGUUGUGAUUUCUCAGCUCGUCUAUGUGCUUUUGUGAAUCAGUGUUUAAGGUUUACAGCAGUGCUGUGUUUUUAUGUGAUUCAUUUAUCUCCAUAGAAGUGGAGGCAGUGGCAGAGGCAGUAAUGGAUAUGCAGACUAUUCUGCUUGAAAACAAGACAAAUGUGGAACAUAAAGGGACAAUGUAGUUUUUGGAUCACAAGUGUUUGCAUUCUUUCUCUCGUCUCGAUGUUCCCGGCACAAAGUGUGAGUUUGACUGUGAUACUUGUGAUGCUGUGUGGGUGUGUGUGUGUGUGAGACCAGCACAACUGAAACUGAUGUGUGUGACUGUAAAUGACUCCCAUGUGAUAUAAAUAAAACAAUGUGUUAGCCACUAA